GGUAGCUGUAGUUGGGGCUCGGGAACGGCUGCCAUCUUAGUCCAGCGACUGAGGAGUCGCCGCCGCCCCGAGUCCCGGUAACAUGCAUUUAACUGUGACCUUCUGGAGACAACACCUUAACCCAAAGAAGUGACUCCAACAGUGAGAACUUCAGGAGAGGAGAUUGAUAGUGAUCCUAGUCUCAAUAUAAGGAGCAGACUGAACAGGUUCAAGUGUGGCAAUGACAUGAGUACUUUUGUAGGAAAGUUAAUUUUGGAAUAAUAAGGUGAAAAUCUGCAGACCCAAAUUGGAGUGUUGAAUUGGCUCCGCUUUCAUAAUCCUAUUUGUUUCUUAAUGGCUGGCGGCUGCUACUUUGGACCUAGGAAACAGGAUCUAGUUUUCAACCCAGCUGUAUAGUCUGGUUACUAUUUGCCCAGACAAGAAUCAUUCCACCUUCAUGGUUCCACUUACAACAGAAUUGAGCAGUCAUUUUUCACAGUAGUGACUGGUUUGCUGAUUAUUGGUGGUAUGUCUGACAGUGGAUCACAGCUUGGUUCAAUGGGUAGCCUGACCAUGAAAUCACAACUUCAGAUCACUGUCAUCUCAGCAAAACUUAAAGAAAAUAAAAAGAAUUGGUUUGGACCAAGUCCUUACGUGGAAGUCACUGUAGAUGGACAGUCAAAGAAGACAGAGAAGUGUAACAAUACGAACAGUCCCAAAUGGAAGCAACCCCUUACAGUUAUUGUUACCCCUGUGAGUAAAUUACUUUUUCGUGUGUGGAGUCACCAGACGCUGAAAUCUGAUGUUUUGUUGGGAAGUGCUGCAUUAGAUAUUUAUGAAACGUUAAAGUCAAACAAUAUGAAACUUGAGGAAGUGGUUGUGACUUUGCAGCUUGUAGGUGACAAAGAACCAACAGAUACAAUAGGAGACUUGUCAGUUUGUCUUGAUGGGCUUCAAUUAGAAUCUGAAGUGGUUACUAAUGGUGAAACUACAUGUUCAGAAAGUGCUUCACAGAAUGAUGAUGGCUCCAGACCCAAGGAUGAAACAAGAGCAAACACAAAUGGAUCAGAUGACCCUGAGGAUGCAGUUUCUGGUGAAAAUAGGAGGAUUAAUGGGAAUAAUUCUCCAUCACUUUCAAAUGGCGGUUUUAAACCUUCUAGGCCUCCAAGACCUUCACGACCACCUCCACCCACUCCACGUAGACCAGCAUCUGUCAAUGGCUCACCAUCUGCCACUUCAGAAAGUGAUGGAUCUAGUACAGGCUCUUUGCCACCAACAAAUGCAAAUACAAAUACAUCUGAAGGAGCAACAUCUGGAUUAAUAAUUCCUCUUACUAUAUCUGGAGGCUCAGGCCCUAGGCCAUUAAAUCCUGUAACUCAAGCUCCCCUACCACCUGGUUGGGAGCAAAGAGUGGAUCAGCAUGGAAGAGUUUACUAUGUAGAUCAUGUUGAAAAAAGAACAACAUGGGAUAGACCAGAACCUCUACCUCCUGGCUGGGAACGGCGGGUUGACAACAUGGGACGUAUUUACUAUGUUGACCAUUUCACAAGAACAACAACAUGGCAGAGGCCAACAUUGGAAUCCGUCCGAAACUAUGAACAGUGGCAGCUACAGCGUAGUCAACUUCAAGGAGCAAUGCAGCAGUUUAACCAGAGAUUCAUUUAUGGGAAUCAAGAUUUGUUUGCUACACCACAAAGUAAAGAAUUUGAUCCCCUUGGUCCCCUACCACCUGGAUGGGAGAAAAGAACUGAUAGCAAUGGCAGAGUAUAUUUUGUCAACCAUAAUACUCGUAUUACACAGUGGGAAGACCCCCGAAGUCAAGGUCAAUUAAAUGAAAAGCCCUUACCUGAAGGCUGGGAAAUGAGAUUCACAGUGGAUGGAAUUCCAUAUUUUGUGGACCACAACAGAAGAACAACCACUUAUAUAGAUCCCCGCACAGGAAAAUCUGCCCUAGACAAUGGACCUCAGAUAGCCUAUGUUCGGGACUUCAAGGCAAAGGUUCAGUAUUUUCGGUUCUGGUGUCAGCAACUGAUCGUGCCACAGCACAUAAAGAUCACAGUGACAAGAAAAACGUUGUUUGAGGAUUCCUUUCAGCAGAUAAUGAGCUUCAGUCCCCAAGAUCUGCGAAGACGUUUGUGGGUGAUUUUUCCAGGAGAAGAAGGUUUAGAUUAUGGAGGUGUAGCAAGGGAAUGGUUCUUUCUUUUAUCACAUGAAGUGUUGAACCCAAUGUAUUGCCUGUUUGAAUAUGCAGGGAAGGAUAACUACUGCUUGCAGAUAAACCCUGCUUCUUACAUAAAUCCAGAUCAUCUGAAAUAUUUUCGUUUUAUUGGCAGGUUUAUUGCCAUGGCUCUGUUCCAUGGGAAAUUCAUAGAUACAGGUUUUUCUUUGCCAUUCUAUAAGCGUAUCUUGAACAAACCAGUUGGACUCAAGGAUUUAGAAUCUGUUGAUCCAGAAUUUUACAAUUCUCUCAUCUGGGUUAAAGAAAACAAUAUUGAAGAAUGUGGUUUGGAAAUGUACUUCUCAGUUGAUAAGGAAAUUCUAGGAGAAAUUAAGAGCCAUGAUUUGAAACCCAAUGGUGGCAAUAUUCUUGUAACAGAAGAAAAUAAAGAAGAAUAUAUCAGAAUGGUCGCUGAGUGGAGGUUGUCUCGAGGUGUUGAAGAACAGACACAAGCUUUCUUUGAAGGCUUUAAUGAAAUUCUUCCCCAGCUGUAUCUGCAAUACUUUGAUGCAAAGGAAUUAGAGGUCCUUUUAUGUGGAAUGCAAGAGAUUGAUUUGAAUGACUGGCAAAGACAUGCCAUCUACCGUCAUUACACUAGGACAAGCAAACAAAUCAUGUGGUUUUGGCAGUUUGUUAAAGAAAUUGAUAAUGAGAAGAGAAUGAGACUUCUGCAGUUUGUUACUGGUACCUGCCGAUUGCCAGUUGGAGGAUUUGCGGACCUAAUGGGGAGCAAUGGACCACAGAAAUUUUGCAUUGAAAAAGUUGGGAAAGAAAAUUGGCUGCCCAGAAGUCAUACCUGUUUCAACCGCUUGGACCUGCCACCCUACAAGAGCUAUGAGCAACUAAAAGAGAAGCUGUUGUUUGCCAUUGAAGAAACAGAAGGAUUUGGACAAGAAUAACUUCUGAGAAUUUGCACCACCGAAGAUCAAGAAUUCAUUUGCAAUGUUUGUCCUAUUUCUUCUAUGCCUGUUGCACAUCUUGUUGUAAAUUGGACUGUGGCUGUUUAGAGAGUUAUCUGUGUGUGAGUAAAUUAAUGUUAUCAUUGAGAUUUAUCUCCCAGUGAUUCUGGAUUUCACUCAACAUUUCCAGAAAUGAGAUCUGUAAAUGACUAGUUAAAACCUUACUUAACUUGAGAUUUAACACAGCAAUGAAAUCUGCUUUGUCUUAUUCCACUAGAUUAUUUCCUUAACAACAAUUUUGUAUACGUCUUACUUGGGAGUAGGUUUAUUUCUUUUAGAGAUUCUGCAGAUAUACAGGGAAGAACCUUGGUAACUGCAAUAUGCAAGAUCUUCAUACUGAGCCUCUUGGUAAGAGGUAUUUGUUAAAAGUGCAAGCUUAGCCCAGUUUCUGGGGACCAUGAGCAGACUUCUGGCUUGUGCUCUUCCUCUCACUUCAGCCUUGGCCUGACUGUUGUUUUUCCUCUCUGGAGCAUGAAUCCAUGCAUCAC